AAUUACGGGUUACUUUAUUUUGACAUAUUUAUUCACUGUUAAACAUAUUUAAACUGUUAUGUCUGUAAUCUAAAUUUUGUUUUCUAAUUCAUAAAACGUUUUUGGGAACAGCUUUAGCCGGGAAACAGGUCAUCCAAAUAACCAUCCCCAGAAAUGAGGGACCUUUGGUCCCCCUAAUUGGAUGAAUAAAAGGAUGUGGCUACUUUCUCCUGACUCAUAUGCCGGCUCUCGUCGUACUCCAGCUUGUGUUUGUUCUUCAGGUGGUGGGAUAAAUUUGUUGUGUUGACAUCCUUAGCCAUUAUCUUUUUUUUUGCAAACCUUUUUUCUUGCCAACCUUGUCUUGUGCUACCGGUUCACCCUGUUCCGUUGGCUCAUGUGGCCCUUAAAGCUAAGCGACAUGCCCUCUUCCGGAAGUGGCUAGGCCUUCCCCAAUGCCUGUCAGGUUCAGCUCUAUUUGGAAGGAGGAUUCCACUGAAAACCAUCAGCUAGGGCUAUAAACUGAAGAAGGUGAGACUGGGGUUUGAAGUGAAAAAUCCACCUGACCCAGGGAUACUGAGUGCCAAAGUCCACGUACAAACAGGAAGAAGAUGGGACAUAUUGCAUGCAGCAGAUGAGCCCAUAACCCGGCUGAAACACCAGGAGGUUGUAGGAUUGGUGCAACAUGGCACGGCAGGGUUUGGACGGCAAACAUCACCCAAGCCAUGGUCCAAAGCUUCAAGAGAGGAAAGAAAACAGCUUGUGACUUUGAAAGUCAAGAGGGAAGAGGAGGGCUACAAGGCCCUGGCAGUGACCCAGUUCCAGAAAGGAAGAUGGACCACCUGGAAGGUUGUCACCCAGAAGUCCAUCACAUGGUCUGACCUAUGGAAGCACCCAAAACCAGCACCUCUGGUACGGCACAGAAGAUCCGUGACAACUUUGCAGUCACCAAAGUCUCCAGCACAUCCUUGUGGUGCAAGACUGUGCUGACCCAAGGGCGUUUCGGGUGGCGUCACAAGACGGUUCUGCUAAAGGUAGCAGAAACCAUCGAGGUACGCAGGCUCGAGGUGAACCAUGCCAGUCCACCAACAUCACACCUGUCCAUUCAGUUCGUCACACAAGAGAGGACGGCAUUCAGCAGCACAGUAAGAGAGAGGUCCUUGCUGACACCUGGAGGGGACUGGGCCCUUAGAGCCGACCUGGAUCAACACUUGAAGUUCCCUCAGGAGAUUGCAAUAACCUCCCUCCGUCCAGACAUGGAGAUUCAGUCCAUCACCAUGAAGACAGUCAUUAUGACAGAACUAAUUGUGCUGUGGGAGGAUGGGCUGGAGGCUGCUUUUGAAAGGAAAAAGGAGAGGUGUGCGGAACUGGCAGUUGCAUUCAUACAAGCUGGGUGGAGAUCACACGCGUUGUUGCGGUUGGUUGCAGGGGGCUUCACUGCAACCUCCAUCCAGCAAUUCCUCAAGACCCUUGGCAUCAGAGGCGCCAAAUUAGAAAAAAUUCUCAAAACGCUGGCAGAGCAAGGCCGCUUUUAGCUACGACU